AGCCAUCCCACUUCGGGUUGAAGAUCUUGGUGGAGCUCCUCUGUCUGCGGUGGACCCUCUUCCAUCCCAGCCUCCCAUGCCGAGGCCCGCCUUGUCAGUCACUUCCUUUUGUCAUCGGCUUGGCAAACGGGAGAGAAAAUGGAGCUUCAUGGGAAACAGCAGCAACAGUUGGUCCCAUGCACCAUUCCCCAAGCUGGAGCUGGGCCUGGGACCCCGUCCCACGGCACCCCGGGAGCCACCUGCCUGCUCCAUCUGCCUGGAGAGGCUUCGUGAGCCCAUCUCGUUGGACUGUGGCCACGACUUUUGCAUCCGGUGCUUCAGCACGCAUCGUGUCCCUGGCUGCGAGCCGCCCUGCUGCCCUGAGUGUCGGAAGAUCUGCAAGCAGAAGAAAGGCCUCCGCAGCCUGGGGGAGAAGAUGAAGCUCCUGCCACAGCGGCCGCUGCCCCCUGCGCUGCAGGAGACCUGUGCUGUGAGGGCAGAACGACUGCUGCUGGUGCGCAUCAAUGCCUCUGGAGGCCUCAUCCUCAGGAUGGGGGCUAUCAACCGCUGCCUGAAGCACCCCCUGGCUAGGGACACCCCAGUCUGCCUCCUCGCUGUCCUGGGGGAGCCACACUCAGGGAAGUCCUUCCUCCUGGACCACUUGCUCCGGGGCUUGCCAGGCCUGGAGUCUGGUGAGGGAAGCUGGCCCAGAGGAGGAGAGGGGUCCCUUCAGGGGUUCAGAUGGGGUGCCAAUGGGCUCACCAGGGGCAUAUGGAUGUGGAGCCACCCCUUUCUGCUGGGGAAAGAAGGGAAGAAGGUGGCUGUGUUCUUAGUGGAUACAGGAGACACCAUGAGUCCGGAACUGAGCAGGGAAACAAGAAUCAAGCUCUGUGCUCUCACCAUGAUGCUGAGCUCCUACCAGAUCCUGAACACCUCCCAGGAGCUGAAGGACACAGACUUGGGCUAUCUGGAGAUGUUUGUUCAUGUGGCUGAGGUGAUGGGCAAGCAUUAUGGAAUGGUGCCAAUCCAGCAUCUGGACCUCUUAGUUCGUGAUGCAUCCCACCCCAGCAAGUCAGGGCAGGGGCACGUGGGUGACAUCCUCCAGAAGCUGUCUGGCAAAUACCCCAAGGUGCAGGAGCUGCUCCUGGGGAAACGAGCCCGCUGCUACCUCCUGCCUGCUCCGGGGAGGCAGUGGGUGAACAAAGGCCAAGGAAGCCCAGGAGGUGACACAGACGACGAUUUCCGCCACCUUCUCCGGGCCUAUGUCUCAGAUGUGCUAAGCACAGCCCCCCAGCAUGCUAAGAGCCGCUGCCAGGGGUACUGGAGCGAGGGACGCGCCGUGGCCAGGGGGGACAGACGCCUGCUCACGGGGCAGCAGCUAGCUCAGGAGAUCAAGAACCUCUCGGGCUGGAUGGGGAGGACAGGGCCUGGUUUCAGCUCUCCAGAUGAGAUGGCCGCUCAGCUGCACGACUUGAGGAAGGUGGAAGCUGCGAAGAAGGAGUUUGAGGAGUAUGUGAGGCAGCAGGACAUAGCCACCAAGCGCAUCUUCUCUGCACUCCGGGUCCUGCCCGAUACCAUGCGGAACCUCCUAUCCACCCAGAAGGAUGCUAUCUUGGCCCGCCAUGGUGUAGCCUUGCUAUGCAAGGAAAGGGAGCAAACCUUGGAGGCCCUAGAGGCUGAGCUCCAGGCCAAGGCCAAGGCCUUCAUGGACUCCUACACCAUGCGUUUCUGUGGCCACUUGGCUGCUGUGGGCGGUGCUGUGGGGGCUGGGCUCAUGGGCCUAGCGGGGGGUGUGGUAGGUGCUGGCAUGGCAGCGGCCGCACUGGCUGCUGAGGCUGGGAUGGUGGCAGCCGGGGCAGCAGUGGGAGCCACUGGGGCUGCUGUGGUUGGUGGUGGUGUGGGCGCUGGGCUGGCUGCCACCGUGGGCUGCAUGGAGAAGGAAGAGGAUGAGAGGGUGCAGGGAGGGGACCGAGAGCCCCUUCUCCAGGAAGAGUAA